AUGGCAGAUAGUUUAGAGGACCGCCUACGAGGCCAUGCGAGCGCGUUUGACGGGUUGCUAUCGCUCAUUCCGGCAAAGUAUUAUUAUGGAGACGACAACAGCGAACAAUGGCAGCGAAAGAAGCAGACCAAGGAGCAGGCAAGGGACGCAAAGAGGGCCAAGCUAGACCCUGAGUCUUCAAAAUCAGCAAAGGACGUAAUGGAUGACAAUGCUCGAAAGAGGAAACGAGGAAAGGAUAAGGAUGAGGUGCAGGAUCUCGACGGGUCUCCCUCAGAGGAAGAGCCGCUGGGCUCAGAAAAGCCGAGGGAAGGCCUGAAGCGGGGGGACUCUAAACCGAAGAAACAAAAGAAAGCCACUGGUUCAGCAGAUGCAGCAGACCAAGAAGCCAAGGCAGAUGAUGCCAGACAGCAGGAGAAAAGAGAUAAAAAGGCAGCAAAGCAGGAGAUGCUCAAACAAAAAGCAGCCGAAAAGCGGGAGAAGCGGAAGGAGAAAGUGAUGGCGCUUAAGGCUGCGAAGAGAGAACAGCAAGCCAGUGUAGAAGCCUCCGCUAAGAUAUCAGAGCCAAAUCCAGACGAAGCGGCCGAAAAGCCAUCGUCAGUGCAGAAACCUACAAAGUCUAAGAAACAACCUGCUGCCAAAGCCGCCAAAAAAUCUUCAGAAAGCGAUGAUGAAGUGGAGGAUAUAGCUAUAGAAGGAUUCUCUGCUGAAGCCCUACAAGUCCAUGCAGACCAUGAAUCAACAGCUCCAACAUCUCCCAACAACGCAUCAGACCCGUCCAACGCCCCCUCUGGCAGCUCCUCCGUCUCCUCCAUCGUCCCGCCUACUGAAUCAUCUAAAUCCAAGUCAACCACCAACGGCACUGAAAAACAAUCCCCGCAAUCCAAAAAGCCUCAAUGUACACCCGAGCAACUAAAAGAGAGACUGCAGAAGCGACUUGAUGAACUUCGUGCUGCCCGCCACGCUGACGGCGUCAAUGGAAAGCCAGCCAAGAACAGACAAGAACUCAUUGAAGGCCGAAGGCAGCGUGAAGAAGCCCGCCGCACACAAAAGAAGGAACAACGACAAAAGGAUAGAGAAGAGGAACAGCGACUUCGAGAUGAAGCUAUCUCCAAACGAUUCUCAUCCAAGGGCCCAGGAUCCCUCCUCUCCUCGCCCGGUUCACCAGCCGACUCGAUAACAUCUAUACCAAACAACUUCUCCUUUGGACGAAUAGUCUUCGCCGAUGGUCAGCAAGUGGACGCCAGCAUGACUGGACUCCGAGAUACAGCCAAGAAGCGUGGUCCCCAGGAUGCAACAACUGCACUCAAAGCAGCAGAAUCCAAGAAGGCCCGACUUGCCGCCCUCGACGAGGAGAAACGCGCCGACAUCGAGGAGAAGGAUAUGUGGCUCAAUGCGAAGAAGAGAGCACAUGGAGAACGCGUCAAAGACGACGUAUCAUUGCUGAAAAAGGCAUUGAGCAGAAAAGAAGGGAUCAAGAAGCGAAGCGAGAAACAGUGGAAGGAGAGGAUAGAAGGUGUUGCCAAGGGUAAGGAAAUCAGACAAUCCAAGCGAGAGGAAAAUCUACGGAAACGAAAGGAGGGCAAGGGUGCCAAGGGUGGGAAGAAGGUGACGAAGAGCAAAGGCAAAGCCAGGCCUGGGUUUGAAGGGAGCUUCAAGUCCAAGAAGAAGUAG